AUGAGGUCUUUGCGAAGCCUUGAGGUCUGGAAACUGGGAGUUGUCAACUAUUUGGAUGCAUUAAAACUGCAGGAAAAGCUGGUAUUGGAAAGAAAAUCCCAUAGGAUAUGUGAUACUCUUCUGUCUUUGCAACACCCUCCUACAUAUACUGUUGGCAAAAGACAAACUGUUCACAAUUUACUGAUCCCCCAGUCAGAAUUGGAACAGAUUGGAGCUGAACUUCACUACACGCAACGAGGAGGAGACAUUACAUUUCACGGUCCACACCAGGCCAUUUUAUAUCCUAUCAUUUCGCUCCGUGACAUGGGACUCGGUGCGAGAAGAUUUGUAGAAAAGAUUGAGUUAACUAUGAUUGAACUGGCGGGUAUAUAUGGCGUGAAAGCUUGUCCUGGACAGAGGUGUGAGACGGGAGUGUGGGUUGGAGAAAGGAAGAUAGGGGCAGUUGGUGUUCGGAUUUCAAAUGGAAUCACUUCUCAUGGUAUGGCAUUUAACAUUGACCCUGAUUUAAAGUACUUUAGGCACAUUGUUCCGUGUGGAAUUGCGGAUAAAGAAGUGACAUCUUUGAGAAAGGAGACAGGUUUUGACCUUCCCACAGAAGAAAUAAUUCAAGAGGAGUUGAUUUCAUGUUUUGCAAGAAUCUUUGGUUAUGAUAAAGUGAUCUGGAAGGAGGGUGCUUCUAUAUUGUCUGGUAAAAAUGAAACUGAAUGA